UCCGUGGUGAUUUUGUUUUUAACAUAAGAGGGCUCACUCCAUCAAGGCCGGAGCUCUGACUAGUACCUCUGACUCAAGACAAGCGAAUACGCGAUCAAAAUCUAGAAAUUUGGAGUUAAAAGUCGCUGUUGGAGCAGGAUAAUAGUAAACCAUGUCGAGGUACGGCAGAGGAAAAUCCCCUGAUGAUUGCAAAGUGUAUGUGGGAAACUUGCCAUCAGGGGCCAGUCGCUCGGAUCUUGAGGAUGAAUUCAUGAAAUAUGGGCCUGUCAAGAAUGUCUGGGUCGCCAGGAAUCCACCAGGCUUUGCCUUUGUUUUUUUCGAAGACCAACGCGAUGCCGAUGAUGCUAUUUACAAUCUAAAUAACAGAUUUAUUUGUGGAGCAAAGCUUCGGGUGGAGGCCUCCUCGGGGGAAAAAAGGUCUCGAGAUCGUGGUCGAGGUUAUGGUGGUGGUGGCGGUGGUUAUGGUGGACGUCGGAACAUUGAUAAUGAACGAUGCUAUGAGUGUGGACAGAGGGGUCACUUUGCAAGAGACUGCCGUGAGAAGAGAGGAAGAUCUCCAGGUGGUUACAGGGGUAGUAGACGCUACUCAAGAUCCGUUUCUCGUUCUCGAUCUCGUAGUCCUCGUCGUGUUUCCAGAAGCCCUCCCAGAUACAGGACUCGCAGUCGCAGCAGGAGUCGUUCAAGAUCAUAAGAAGUCUUUUGAGUUUACCUGGACCACCCCCUGGCAGUCUGGCAGAAAUCUGGUAUUACAUACGUAAAAUAUGAAAUGCAAGGAGUUUGUAUCUUUAUAUAGUACAGUAAAUCUGUGUAAGGUCAUAUGAUAUGUCUUCAAUACAGUGAAGUCAAGUUCAGGGCUGCAAAAUAUUACAUCUUUAGCCUGCAUCAGCUGUAAAAAAAAAAAUUAUAUAGUUGCAAUUGUCCCCAUUAAACAAAAAAGUCAACAUUUUUCAAGUAUUCAUCACUUACCACUUUUUUAUUCACCCCCUCUCCAGGGCUAUGCAAUAUAAAAUAGUUCAAGCUAUAUAGGUUUAAGUGCGCUAUACAACAAUGAAAAGCUAUUUAUUACCAGUAUCCACCAAACCACCUAAAGUUAUAUCAAAGUGUCCUAGAAAAUACAGAAAAUCCUUCAAAAGGAUUUUUAUUUGCAUCGUUGGCUAAAGCAUCUUUUAAUGGUCAUCAUUGUGAAGUGACAAAAGCGCCCAUACUUUUGGGGGUAAGAUAUGUAAAAUUCUAUGUUGUGGUUUUCUUUGACACCUGCUAUGUACUCAGACAUGAUUUCUCAACAUGUCAUGCAAAAUGUAGCGAAACUACCAUGUUAAAGACAAGAUUGGGCAAAUUCCUUUCAUUUGUAUGUGUUUUUUUUUUUACUUGAGAAAAAGAUAUUUGCAUGAGGAUGCAAGCAAAAAACAUCAUCCCUAUAAUCAUUACAGUGUAUAAAACUUGAAUUCGACCAUGAAAAAAAGAUUGAGGAUUAUGCCCCCUUUUUUAUUAAUGGAAUGUUUCUUGCUUUUCAUUGAACAUUGACUUUACAGUGAUUCCUUUAGACCUUUAGUAAUACUUUGUACAAAAUUUGGAUAAUUCCAUCAGGUUGGAACAAAAAAUUACAAGAUGUCCAUGUAACGUGGUAAAUUAACAAAUUGUUUCACAGUGAAGAUCAAUUCAGAUGGUGCUAAGUUUUGAUGCGUCAGUGUGAGGAAGGUCUCGUACCAUUGUAAUUCAUGUUUGGUCUUGAAAAUGUUUUCCAGAUUUGUUAUAGUGCAAAUUAAUUUUAUUACCAUGUUACAUGGACAUCACAUUCAUAUACCACAUUAGCAAUAGACUAGUCUGUAAUUGCAAUACAUCAUGAUGUUUGAUUAGUAAACCUUAGUGAGACACCCAUUUUUUUUUUACUUAGCCUAGUUUGAAUUAGAAACAGCUUUUUAGUUCUGCUAUAUCACAAAUAUGGGCCCAACCCGAUGGAAUGACCCAUAUUCGCAACUUGUUUAUAGUGAUGCACUUCUUUUUUUCUUUUUUUAUCAAACUGACAUUUUCUUGAACAAAUCCAACAGGAUGUAGUAUGCCCUGUGUAUUUUUCAUCAUCAAAUUUGUUUACAUUUUGCAAAAUAAAAAAGAGUAUGUUUCAAUGCUUAUAUUUAAGAAUCAAAUGCCUACAAUGUUGUUAUGCUGUGUGCCAUAUGCGUCAAGACAUUUAAAACUUAAAUUUAAUAAGUUCCAAAACAUUAUUUUAUUCAACAAUCACUGAGAUUAUUAUUAGUUCACCAUCUACAUGUACCAAGAUUUAAAGUGAACUGAUUAUACUAUGUGCUCAUAAUAUAAAGUGUGUACCAUAUGAUGAUGGUGAUGAUCCACAGCAUUUAUAUUGUGCCAUAUUUCUGUUAACGUAUUUUUUGUGAUACAAUAUUAUGAUUUCAUUGUUUCCCCAUUAAAUACUAUUACAUGAUGAAAUUACUGGGAAAUGAACUUCUGUCUCAUGUGAGUUGUGAGAGGAGCUACAAUCUUUGUUUACAAGUUAAACUAGUAAAUUCAUUUCAAAUUUGAUAUAUCAAUGUUUGCACCUAGCAGAAAUUUCAUUUGACUGAGAGAUGAUGCUUGUACAUGUCUGUUGUUUUUUUUUUCCUUAUUUUGUUUUGCACACAGUUUGUUACUAUUGACAAUUGUAUUUAUUCCAUUGAUAGCUGCUAAUUCUUCCUUCUCUUAAUUUCUCCAUAAUGCACUUAGUUCGGCUCUCCGAUAUUCUUAAAUCUUAUUAUCUUGAUCCCAUUUAUAAGUUUUCUUUCAAUUGUUCUAUUCUGAAAACAAGGACUUUGUAUGUAAAUGCUAUUUUCCAGUAAAUCGAAGUUGUAUUGUACAUAUAUGUUGUGGUGAUGCACAUUUUCUUGCUUGUUACUGGAUAUCAGUGAAAAGCGCUACAUUCAUGUGCAUGUGACUCCAUCAAAAUAUACUGACACUAUGACAUCAACACAAUAGUUCAAUAUCUCAUGAUAUAUCAUUAAAAAAUGAUAAUAUACGUGUUUAUAUACAGUGAUAUACAAUGGUACUGUACACUUUUUCUCUUAAAAUUAACUUCAGAAACAGCAAGCAUUAAUUUUAAGUGACAAUUACUGCUGAAUAUAAAAAUGUCAAAGUAACAGAUAUUCAGGGAUAUUAUGAUGUUGAUAAUUACUAUGUUCUGCAGUUUAAGCUCACCCAACACCCAUACUCUUGUGCCAGAGGAUGCUUUAAAGAAAUUUGUAACUGCAAUGUUGCAAAGGCAUUCACAGGUGUUUAGGAUAAGUUGGGGAGGUGAGCACAUGACAUUGUAGAUUUACUUGUUUUAUUGUAUCCUUGAGACUUGAAGAGGCACGAUCAGUUAUUUGCAAUCAAUAGUAGAUUUGUGUUAAUAUUUUUUUCAUUUUUUGUUAUUGGGAGAUGGGAGAUUUGGGCCCCUUAACACAGGUCAGCGAUUACUCACUAAAUGAGCUGGCCAAUCAAGACAUAACAUGCACAGUUUGCUCAGUAGACUGACUAGGAACCAAUCAGAAUUGUUCUUUCAUUUUAGCGAUUAAUUGCUAACCUAUUUGUUAAGGGACCCAGGGCUCUAUAUACAAUAAAGAGGUAAAUAUUCAUAGUUGAUGGUAAAUUUUGGACCUGGUUUACCAAAGAUAUUGUGUCAUUGGGGGUGUUGCAAGAAAGUAUUUGCAAUCAAUUGCAUUUUUAUUUCCGAUGCAAAUUUAUGAUUGAUAUUUAACAAGAGCAAAAUGGAAUUUUUCUGUUUUUAACAAGAAGCAGACCAGCAAUUAUAAUUGUAAAUUUGCAGCUAAUUCCAAAACAAGUUAUUGAUUUAGGGGACCCAAAAUUGGCUUGCACUGGAUUAAAUGUUUCUUGCAACACUCCAAUAGAUAUGUGCGUUACGGUUAAUUGUACGAUCAAUUUUAAACAUACCUCUAUGGUGAACAUGCACAUAUAUGAUUGUAUAGCAUUCUGUAUGUUCUUUUUAAUGAAGGAUCAUUAACAUGUAUCGAAACUAUUCCAUUCCUUGGUGAUUUUACUUCUUUCAUUGUACUGACCGACUUUUUUGUUCUUUUGAUUGUGUGUUAGUAUUAAAUAAAUAGUCUGUUUCUUA